CACACUCCGCACGCGCUCACACACAAAAAGCGCAUUUCCAAAAAUCGCUGGAGCAUCAAACCCUUUCUCUGAGCACCAAUGGCGCGGUAUCUCCUCGCUUCCACCCCCACCACAAUCUCCUCCUCCUCCCUCUCCAAGGAUGCCAAGCACUCGCUGCCAUCACGGACCCUCCGCCUCCGCGCGCUCGGCUCCAGGUCCAGCAAGGCGCGCCCCAUCAUGGCGGUGGCGUCGGAGCAGGCGGCCCCGCCCGCGAAGUACCCUAAGGUGGCCGCCCCCACCACCGGCCCGAUUCCCGCCGCCGAGCUCCUCGGCGUCAUCCAGGAAGCCGCCAAGGCCGGGGCCGAUGUUGUAAUGGAAGCUGUUAAUAAGCCACGCAAUAUUCACUAUAAAGGAGUUGCAGACUUGGUGACCGACACAGACAAGUUGAGUGAAUCAGUCAUUUUGGAAGUUGUAACGAAGAACUUCAAAGACCACCUCAUACUCGGGGAGGAAGGUGGCCUUAUUGGAGAUUCCUUGUCAGAGUAUCUCUGGUGCAUCGACCCUUUAGAUGGAACAACAAACUUUGCGCAUGGUUAUCCCAGCUUUUCUGUGUCCAUUGGAGUUCUCUUCCGCGGAAAGCCUGCUGCUGCCACUGUGGUGGAAUUUUGUGGUGGGCCUAUGUGCUGGAGCACCCGUACAAUUUCUGCAUCUUCUGGUGGAGGAGCGUACUGUAAUGGGCAAAAGGUUCAUGUCAGUCAGACAGACAAGGUGGAACAAUCUCUUCUCGUCACUGGGUUUGGAUAUGAACAUGAUGAUGCAUGGACGACUAACAUAAAUUUGUUCAAGGAAUUUACUGACAUUAGCAGGGGAGUACGAAGGCUAGGGUCUGCUGCUGCUGACAUGUCCCAUGUUGGACUGGGCAUUACAGAAGCCUACUGGGAAUACCGGCUUAAGCCAUGGGAUAUGGCUGCUGGCGUCCUGAUAGUUGAAGAAGCUGGUGGGGUUGUAACACGCAUGGAUGGUGGAGAGUUUACAGUCUUUGAUCGAUCUGUUCUUGUUUCCAAUGGCAUUGUUCAUGGACAGCUUUUGGAUCGGAUUGGCCCUCCUACUGAAGAACUUAAGAAGAAAGGAAUUGAUUUCUCUUUGUGGCUCAAGCCGGACAAGUAUCCGACUGACUUUUGAGUUGAACCAGAGCACCAGCCAUAUACCAUCAUGAUAAAUCAGCAAACAUUUGUAAUAAGGACGUUUAAUUCAAUAGCCAUGUACUUAGACUGACAAUACAAUGUACAGUCCUAUGACUCGAUCAAGUGGCUGAGUUUCAAGAGCCAAGCUCCAAAAAGACUACAGCUUUACAACUGCA